GUGUGGCUCCUUUAUAUUACUACCUGCUUAGAUCACCUUCAGACCCAAGCCAUCCCAGAACAAGGCAGGCCAGGCUUCCCAUGGCCUGUAGUCCCUGUGGGAUUGUAGGCUGAGGCUGUGCAGACGGAGGGACCCCAGGACAGGAUGGUUAUGGUGUAGGUGCUGUGCCAAGAGACCAAGAUGAGCGUCACUUCGUGGUUCCUGGUGAGCAGCACUGGCACUCGCCAUCGGCUGCCUCGGGAGAUGAUCUUUGUUGGCCGUGAGGAGUGCGAACUCAUGCUUCAGUCCCGCAGUGUGGAUAAACAGCAUGCUGUAAUCAACUACGACAGUAACAAAGACGAGCAUCUCGUGAAGGACCUUGGGAGUUUAAAUGGAACCUUUGUAAAUGACGAGAGGAUUCCGGACCAGAUAUAUAUUAAGCUGAAGCUAAAUGAUGUCAUACGAUUUGGCUACGAUAUUAAUCAUUAUGUUCUAGAACAGACUCAGCACAAAGUCCCAGAGGAGGCACUUAAGCAUGAAAAGUAUACAAGUCAACUCCAGAUGAGUCUGAAGAAUUCCGUGUCUGUAAGAACGGAGCAUCUUAAAGAACAGCCUACUCAUAUGGAGCCUUCUUCUGGGAAGCCAGAAAAAGGGGAGAAGAAAGCUGCCUCUCUCAAUGUGACCUCGUCAGCAUCUCCACUGCCCCCAGAGACCUCCGUUUACAGGACACCUUUGUAUGGGCAGCCUUCCUGGUGGGGAGAAGAUGACGCCAACAAUUUGCAUGAAAUGCAUGAAGGCAGACGCCAGGAAGAUCACUUUUCAGAACGGCCAAAAGAUCUUCAGCAGCAUGAUGAAGAAAUGAAUGGCAACCUGGGGUACAGAGAUCCUCAGGAUCAAUCUGUCUACGCGUUCAGAAGAGAACCAAGCUAUUUCGAAAUCCCGACUAAGGACUUCCAGCAGCCUGCAAAGUCCCCAGAGACUCAGGUUCACGAAAUACCAACCAAGGACACAGACACCAUCACACCGCCUGUCAUGCAAAGUCACGCCUCUUUUACCAUUGAGUUUGACGACUGCCGGCCUGGGAAAAUAAAGAUAAAGGAUCACGUAACUAAAUUUUCAAUGAGGCAAAGAAGAACCCACGGAAAGGAUGGUGGCCCUUCAGAAAUGGUGUCUGCGGAGUGUAAAGUUGCUGACUGGUUGGUUCAGAAUGAUCCAAGUCUAAUGAGGAGGCCAGCUCCUGAUGAAGAUGUUUACAGCACAAAGAGUGACCUUCCGAUACAUAACCGGACACUAAAAGGUAAUCGACAUGAAGAUGGAACACAGAGCGACACUGAGGAUCCAGUAGCAGCCAAAACUGAGAUGGAGACCAUCGCACCGGAUCAAGGGAAACUUCAAAGGCAAAUAAAACGGGAACCGGAAGAAUUGCUACACAGCCAGCAAGCAUUUGUAAUUGAGUUUUUCGAUGAGGAUGCCCCUCGAAAGAAGAGAUCUCAGUCUUUUACACACAGUGGAAAUUCUUCUCCUAAUGAUUCUGACCCUUCUGUUAAAACAAAACCAGACAAGCGUAAAGUGGUUCAACCAGCUGAAAAACUGAACACUAAUGGGGUGCCCUCUCCUGCUCCAGUUAAUAAAGCAGUUGCAAAUGCUUCCUUUCAACAAAGGUCUAACUCUUUCAGGAAGGACAAAACAGAUGAUCGCAUGAACUGUUCGCCACCUACAACAGCAAAACCUCCCAUAAAAAACUAUGGUAGCAUUGGGAAGAAAUCAAAGCUGGCUCAGGACUUUUCCGCAGAGUAUUUGCGUGAGCAGAUGGAGUCUGUACAACCGCCAGUAGAAAAACCAACUAGUUUGCCACUGACAACAGCCGUGUUAACGCAGCCACAAGCUUUGCACAUAGAAUUAACCACAACUUCUGGAGUCCUUGCUACAUCUACAUCUCCACCAUCCGAGGCCCAUCCAGUGAAGACAAAGAAGACUGAAGAAGAGGACAGCUUGAGUGAUGCUGGGACAUACACAAUUGAAACGGAGACACAGGAUAAAGAAGUUGAGGAAGCCAGGAAAAUGAUAGAUCAGGUAUUUGGAGUGUUCGAACCAGAGGAAUAUUCCAAGAUUAAUUCUUCUGUGUACAGGCCCGUGAUUAAGGUGGAAAAAGAAGAUAUUUCACACGAGCAAAGUUUGAAGGCUGACUUGUUCUCUUCUCACACCGCUAAAUUGAAUAACGGACCCCAGUCUGAAACUCAGAUGGCAAGGUCAACUGGGUCAAAGUCAAAUCAAAAAUGGGUUUCUCGAUGGGCAAGUCUGGCCGACAGUUACCAAGAUGCAUCACCAACUACGUCUCCACUGGACAGUCAUAAGCAUGGGCUAACUGGGGAAGAAGAAGGGGUCGACCACACAGAAUAUCCAAGUGAAACAGAUCCCACAUUACCUUCAAGAACGAGACGUCUUCUACCUCAGCUCCCACCCAACGACAAGUCCGAAAUUAGCAAACCAACUAUUUUAGUUUGUUUAGAGUCCUCUACAGAAGUCACACAAAGACGUGUUAUGGAAGGACAAAUUAAAGAAACUCAUAAUGCACAAAACAGUCUUCUUCUCACUCAAGAGGAGUUGGAUCCAGACAGUCUUAGUGAUGCAAGCAAAUCUGAUGAUGGUGUCAUAGCAGAGAGAAAAUGCAGCCAGCUGACCAACCUCUGUAGCAAUGUUUGGAAGAGAGAGGAAACAGUUUGUCCAGAACCACUUGUUCAAAGAGCACCUAAAAUCCUAAGUGAGCAACAAAAAGCCACCAGCUUUUAUGUUGGGAAUGACAGUGCAUUAGGAAACCUUCCACUGGCUAAUUCUGGAGUAAGUCCUAAUGAAAUACACAAAGAAUAUAAAAACCACGAUAUUCACAUGAAAUCAAAGAAUAACAUUCACUCCAGCCAAGAGCCACAAAGUACACGGCGGGUUGUGAAUUUGCAAAAUAAGAAAGAAAAUGGAUCAUCACGAGAUCCAGUUUCAAUUGUUAGACAGGAAAGUUUUACCAAAGAGAGGGCCAGCAGCAACAUUUUACCGAAUAAACUUCCACAAAUAUCAUCUACCCAUCCUUUGCUUAAAGAUUUAAAUGUUUCAAAACCAGCUCAUGAUUACAGUCAGGAGACACGACUAAUUCUUAAAGAAACAGAAACAGCUUUGGCUGCCCUAGAAGCAAAGCUUUUUUCUCAGACACAUAUCGAGGAGUUACAAAAUGUUCCCAACCUGGCAGAGGACACUUCAGGAGAAUCCGAUGUGGACACUGCAAGCACAGUCAGUCUAGUUAGUGACAAAAAUGUGCCUAGUCAUCCACAGAAAGGUAGGGUAUUAAACCUUCAGAAGGAAAAGUCCUCUUCAACAUCUUCCAUACAGGAUCAAUACAGUCGCUCUACAGCUCGAGAUCGACUGUCUGAAAAACGCAGGACAGGUACUGGGGAAAUUGGGGGCAGGAGAGAGAUGAAUAAGCGGUUUGAAAUGAAGCGUAGUACUGGAGCCCGUGGCUCUUUAGACUUUACAGAUGAAGAACGAUGUACCAGUCUUCCAUACAUACCAGCUGGAGACACUGUUCUAUCAGACUAUGAGCAUUCCUCUUCAAAACCAGUUGCAAGAAGAAGACCACUUGCUCAGUCUGUUAAGGAGGAUACAACUAAAAACCUGUCAAAUGCCCAAAAGAUUCAGCAAGCUUUGACACGCUCAAACAGUUUGUCAACUCCGAGGCCUACAAGAGCCUCAAAACUGCGCCGUGCUCGCCUUGGUGAAGCUUCUGAUAAUGAGAGUGCGGAUGCAGAAAGGUCAACUGUAAGUCCAGAAACGUCUUCUGCAAAUUCAUCCUCUGCCAAAAGCUCAACAGAAGUUAAAAAGCUCUCCCGCCUUGAUAUUCUUGCCAUGCCAAGGAAACGGACAGGCUCAUUCAAUGUCCCAAGUGACUCAGAAGUUUCUGCUCCAAGAACAGGGUUUUCAGGACGUAGCGUUGACCACAGUUAUACAACUCGUAAAGCUUCUGUGUCAGAGGUGAAGCCACCAGUGAAGAAACCUGUAGCACCUUUACCUAAGCAACCCUUGACAAGAGCUCGUGCAGGCAGUAUGAAAUACUCUUCCAGCUCAACUUCAAGACGGAGAACUCAGGGUUCAGAUUAUAUAUCAACAUCAGAAGAGGAGUAUGGCUCAAAUCACAGUACCCCUAAACACAAACGCUCCCAUGCUUCAACAGCCACCCAGACUGCAAGGGCCCACGGUGCUCCUCCUCGACAAAGACACAAUGGCCGUCAAGAUGAAGUAGAGGGUGACCACGAGGUUUACAACCACUUCAUUGCCCAGUCUGCAGAAAUAGCCGAAAUAGCCAGAUUAAGUCAAACACUGGUGAAGGAUGUCGCCAGUUUAGCUAGAGAGAUUCACGAUGUAGCAGGGGAUGGCGAUUCUCCAAGCUCGUCCGGGACGGGACACAGUACUUCUAUCAGUUCCAUACCAAACACUCCAGCUUCAACCAUAUAUGCCCGGGAAGAGAUUUUAAAAAGACAAGGAAAAUACCAAUCACAGUUGGUGCACCACAUCCCAGAAGCAAGUCUGAACUACCAGAAAGUCCCUCCCGGUUCAAUGGGAUUUAAGGAUUUUGACCAAAACAUGAAUGAUAGCCGUGAAGAUGAUCCUUUAAAGAGAAGAGCUAGAAAUAGAGAGGAGGUUAUUUUUGACAAUCUGAUGCUGAAUCCCGUAUCACAGCUAUCGCAUACCAUUUGUACAAAUACCGAAGUCCUAACUGAAAAGAUGAAAAUUUUAUUUCAAAAUAAAGAGAAAAGUUGGGAAGACAUUGAGGCAAAAAUAAACUCUGAAAACGAAAUUCCAAUACUGAAAACAUCAAACAAGGAAAUCAGCUGCAUUCUAAACGAGUUACGCAGGGUUCAGAAAAAAUUGGAAGUUAUAAAUGCGAUAAUAGACCCUGCGGGACAUUUGGAAGUCUACACAACCACCAAGACUUCAUCUCCUGUUCGCUCUUCAACAAGUCAAUCUAGGACUAACAGUUCUACCACUAGGACGGAACCACGUCCUCCAGUUCUUGUCAGAAACUACAUCAAGAAGUCAAGCUCUGGCUCCUCUAGGUCCCUGGAAUCCAGCUUUGGGAGAGACGAGGAUGACCCAUAUGCUGUUUGAUGAUUUUAUUUUUGCUUCGUUUUUUUUGUAGGAGUUGUCAUUAGUGUUGCUUUGGUAAAGUAUUUAGGUGCUUGUGGUUUCCUGCGUCAAGCAGCUUAGUAUAUUCCUUAAACCAUCGCACAAUCUAUGCUGUAAGAAUAAAUAUGAGGUUCUCUUCAUCGACCAAGGCUAGCACUAUGGACCAGCACAUAUUCAGCAUAGAGGCAAAUUUACUUGAAAUUUUUGUUAAUAUCAUUUUUUAUUUUUUUUUAAAUAGAACAGUUGUAAGACUUUCACUCAUUUGUGCCAUAUUCAUUCUAUUAGAAGUGCUGUAAAAUGUCCAACUGUUACAUCUGCCACUAAUGCAUCUCUUGUAGUUGAUUUGCACUGAUCAUCCACACAAAUAGGUUUCCUUUAUUUUAAGACAGUACUAGACACGGAAGUUUUAAAUUAAAUAAAAAAGUGUAGGUUAUUUCUUGCCAAAAACAAACAAACAUGUAGGGUUUAUUUUGAAACCAAUGAACCGUGAUGAAUUGGAAAUCAAAUCUGCAACUUUUGAGCCAAUAUAGUGAAUCUGCGACCUGGCGGACUUACAGAUUUUAUUUCCACUCGAACUCUAUUAUUUUGACUUGAGUCUUGCUAGAUCUGCGGUUAUUUCAUUGCAGUUCACAAUUCAGUACAUUCUCUUUUGUUAUGUCACACUACAACACUAAAACUGUUUUCUUAGUGGAGACAGAAAACAACCA